UAGUAUUCUAUCAUCUGACCUGUUACAUUUCAUGUUACACUAUUAAAACAUUCAGCAUCUUAAAGCCCUAGCUUGUACACGUUUCUUAUGUGACAGUGUCUGUUGAUUUUUGCAAACUGAUUGUGCAGUACAGUAGAUGGAAAUAACACUCCCACUGCAUAUCAGUUUGAGCAGUGGCAGGUUUUAUUAAGCGCUUAAUUGGACACAGUUUAUACCAUGGCAGAUCAAGCUAGCAUAAGACUUUGCUCAAACUACUGUCCAAUGCAAGUCUCAUUCUAUUCCUGAGGGUAAAUGCUGUUCUUUACAGAUUACAUCAUAUAUGGAGAAACAAAUUGGCUUUCAGAAAAUGCCUCUGUGCACAGUACAUGUCAUGACUGGCUUGUGUUUUGAGUCUGUGCAGGUUAUAUAAAGCUCCUUCAGUAGAAGCCAGCAGGAAGAGCUGUGGAGUUGUCACUGUUCCUGUCCUUGCUGUUUCAGGGUCACAGGCGCUGGGGCGAUGAACAGUGACUCUGCCCCCGGGAAGACUCCCGAGGAGAUGUACAUCGAGCAGAAGGUGCGAGUCCUGCUCAUGCUGAAGAAGAUGGGAUCCAACUUGACCCCAAGUGAAGAAGCCUUUCUGCGAAGCUACUCUGGAGUAGUGAACAGCCAGCUGAGUCAGCUUCCCCAGCACCCCAUCGACCAGGAGCAGGAAUCUUGUCCCCUUCAAUGCACCGUGGGUAUGCUGCACAAACAUGACCGUAUGUAUCGAGCAGUGCUGUCGCAUUGGGUUGCAGAACAAUAUGUGAGGCUCUAACUGGAGAUUACAAGAACAAAGACAUUCUUAACAGAACACAGUGCAGCACUGAUAAUAAUGAAGCCUGAAUGCUGAAUGCUGUAAAAGUUAUUGGAAUGCAGACCUUGGACUGGACCUAGCUGAAAGGAUGUUUGGGGCAGCCAGCACCAGUGACCGUUCUAUGAUAAGUCAAACACAGCUUGGAAAUCCAGAUUCUGUUUCAUGCUUUGUGUUUCUCGUUAGAAAACAUUAGCUAUCAGAUAUGACAUGGUUUGCAUAAGCAGCACGCUUGUUGAAAAGCCUAUAAAGUUUUAUAGUUUUAUGAGAGAUUUUUAAUUGACUGAUUAGCAUUCAUGCACAUGUUAAAUGAAUUGCAAUACAUUUUUAAUCUCAGCGGUAUGAUGUUGGUGUGAUCAGCAUAUUCUACUAGGUUUAGUAGUUUUGUUUUGUGUUUUGUUUUUUUUUAAACUGCUAAUUUGUGUACACCUGAAUAUUUUAAUUUUAGUUUACGGCCUUGAUGCAGAAAUAAUAAUGAGAGGAAAAUGUGUUCCAGUCAGCUUUUAGAAAAGUUUACGUGAAAGUUUAAUUGCCAUUGAUCAGUACUCAUUGUAAAAGUGAGGGAAGGACAGCCUUUUCUGUUUCGAAAUCAACAGAUUUAAUAUAAUUUAAUACUUCUUAAAGGAAGUACGAGUAUCGGCACACCCAUACUGGGAGCGUUUGUAAUCAGUCAUCAUAAGACUCUCUCCGUCACUUUUUAUUUAGCAUUAAAACCCCAAAACGCUAACUUCAGCAGUAAAAGAGAAAUAAAACAUUUCAUUGAUUUUAAACCUCUUUGAGUUUUCUUGAAAAAUGUAAUGCAUUGUGGGCCAAAAAUGUUCUGCACAUUAGAAUGCCAUGCUAAUAUGUUAGUUUAACUGUGCAUAUAAAGCCGCCUUUUAAAAAGAAUAAAUGAACAUCUUGGAUUGUGAUCGUUAGCUUUGGGAAGUGGACAGAAAUUGAACAAAGGUCAUUAUAAAGAGCGUGUAUUACAUAAUCUGAUAUCCCAAUAUAUUCAUGCAAUACAGGCUGACUUCAUUAUAACGAACCCUUCUUAUAACGAUCACCCGUUUUUAACGAUCCCAACAGCUAGAACUGAUUUUUGUUCAAUGCAAAUUAGCCCAAUUAGAACAAUCACAUACAGGAUCAACCCGGAUACAACGAUCUCAGUGCUGACUGACACUGAACUUUCUCUAGUGUCAAGUGUGUUAAUCUCUCAGUGAAAACAAAGACCACGGCUGACUAAUUGAAAGGUAACGCUAAUUCAAAGGUGACCUAUUGUAGUACGAAUCAUGCAUGACGAAUGCAAUUGUUGCCUGUCCGUCACCUUCACAUGAACUGCAACCAGGCAACAGGCGUGAGGAGCAAUCUGUGCUGGAUAGUUUUUUCAAGAGAAAAGAAAAGGGGAAAUCUUCAUAAUACUAUAUAUUAUUGAUCAAUUCAAAUUUUCCGUUGUCAUUAUCCUGAUAGAGAAAAAUGACAACCCCUAUUAUAGUGAACACCCUGAUAGAACGAACAUUUCUCCAGGUCCCAUGGGGGUUCGUUAUAGUGAAGUUAGCCUGUAUGUGCAACUGGGGAGUAAUUGGGUUAAAGAGAACUUGGUCCGAUGCUACCCUCCAGUUUGAACCCCAGUGCAGCUGAUCUUGAUCAGACAGUAUAACUAUCUUACUGAGCAAGAAAGGCAGCGGUUGAAGGGUUUCCAUGGCGACGCUAAUCACCAUAGCCCAGUCAAGUCUCCUGUGGUUCGGAGGAGCAGCAGGAUGGCUAAGACAGACACGCAGCAUCUCAUUAACAAGACAGGAGCGAAGCUGGCAUGGUAAU